AUGUUGAAGUUCAAAAAGAUGGGUUCGGAUAAAGUGCCGUUGCUGCUUGUGACUGCCAACGUUGGAUCUAUAUUUGAGGACCCGUCAGUGAUGCUAUCGAUAUGGACAUCAGAAUUCCUUCAAGCCGUCUCUCGGAUGGACCCAAAGUUCAUAGCUCUCCACCUCCAGGAGGUCGGAGGGAAAGCCUACGAGAAAUCCAUGCAGUACGUGAAGGACUUCGUGCAAAGACUCUGUGACUGUCCCGAACUGAGGCUGUUUGACAAGAUCAGGAUAUACCUUGAUGAAGAUUUCAGUUCACCGGAGAAGUUCACUGCUCUUGGCAAUUUGUACUUCGCACAUUCGUCUCUCACCGAAUUGAAGAUGUGGGACUUUGAGCUAAAAACCUACGUGGAGGUGACUGGCAAAGAAGUUCACUCCGGCAAUAUCGAGAAAGUCACCACGAAAGAGAAGGCGAAGUUUCCUCAGCAUUUCUUUCCAGAGUGUAAAUGGUCGCGGAAAGGGUUCCUCCGUACACGUUGGUGGUUGCGCGGCACCGCCAUUGAGUUCGUCAACAUACAUCUGUUCCACGACGCGUCCAACUUGGUAGCCAUCGAGACCUUCCCCUCGGUGUAUUGCCGCAGCAGGCGCCGUGCUCUGUGCCACACCCUGCGUCACCUUCACUCGGACGUCAACGCAGCCCCCUACUUCAUCUUCGGAGAUUUCAACUUCAGAACUGAUACUGCUGGAGUGGUCAAGAAAGUGACAGAAGAUUUGUCAGCAUGUCGACAGCAGAACGGUUCGGCCAUAGACUCGUCCCGGCUGCAGUUCCGGGACUCUGAGAAUAGGGUCGUAUUGACGGUUGGUAAGAAAGAGUUCGGACAUGUAGACCAUCAGAAGAUAUUUAGAGAACCCUGGUUGCAGCGUUACGAUCGCGAGUUGGAGGCAUUACGUCCGCAUUUGUACGAGUUUCCGUUGAAGUUCCCCCCCUCAUAUCCUUUCGAAGAAGACGUUCAACUUCCCACACACUAUAUGAAGACCAGAUGCCCGGCGUGGUGCGACCGCGUGCUGCUGUCUCAGGCGGCGCGCCUGCUCGUGCAGCACGACGCCGCGCGCCCCGCCGACACCCGCCACGUGCACGCCUCCAGGAAGUCGGUGACGGAUUCCACGGACAGCAGCGGGCGCGUGUCGUCCUCCGACAGCAGCCCCGCGCGCUCCGCCUCGCCCGCGCCCCCCCUGCCGCAGGGCAGUCCCGGCAAGAUCUUGGAGAAGAAGAGUAGCAUGGCAGAGUUGGAGGUGCUAUCGGUGCCUGGGAUCAACUUGAGCCGGAAGAGUAUUGCCGAUCCUACCAGUGUGCAGCAGGCUAUCAGUGCUAGGAUGAUGGACAGCGAGUCGUCGUCCCGCCGUCGGCUGGUGCGUAACCAGUCGGAGGGCGAGGCGCGCGAGCGUGUCCGUGAGCCUGCGCCGCGCCGCCGCCCCGCCUACGGGGUCAUCGGGGCCGACACCUGCAUGGGCGACCACAAGCCAAUCUACCUACGCGUGAUGCUGCAAAGCGACCGAGGUACAUUAAACUGUUGCGACACAACCUUCCCCUGCACAAUAUGCGCCAGCGCCAACGGCCUCCCCUCCACCCUCUCUUUACUACCCCCCAGACUGUCUCGAAUACCCACCGACCCGGAUUUAUACGUUCACAAGAAAUUCAAACUCCCCGACAUAUCGUGCUCUCAUCCAGACAAACUCACCGAAGAGUCCAAACUCAUUCGUAGAACUCGAACCGGCUCUUUGAACGAAACGAUGUUAAGAAUUCCUCUCGUAGAAAUCACUUCGGCGGACUACUGCAGCUAUGAUGGCAUAUACGUCAACGACAUCGAUAAUACUUUACUCUGUGUCCGCCAAUGCCUGGACCCUUACACCCCAGAGAGCAUCGACUCUCACAGUCCAAACGUAGAAGCCUUGUCUGCAACCGAGUUAUCGAAUGAAGUUAUCGAUGCAGUAAUAAAAUCGACUAAAAUAACCCGCGAUAGAAGCGUUUCACCAUCACAACUAAAGUCUCGUUUAGAUGAGUUAUUAAACAACAAAGACGAUCAAGUUAAGACUAUUCCGGAGUUGCAAAGAUUAAAUAGUAGAGAGUCUUGCAAUUUUCGUCAGGAGUUUCAUUCAGAAUCAUCUCCUAAACAUAUCAAAGUUGAAGAACACGAUAACAUGUCAGAACCUGUAGCUGAUUCGCCCAAUUCCCGGUACAUACACUUCAGUAUGGAUAGCCCUAAUAAUAUUUUUAAAGAAACCGAUAUAUAA